GGCUAGCAGCAGCAUCGGUUUAAGUUGAAUUCUCUAGUCCGCCUGGUUCAAAAAACUUGUGCGCAUUGGAUCAAUCGACUUUGACAUUCUGAUGCCAGACCAUCCUAUGCAAUUCGCUUCCCUAAUCAAUCCCAUUGAUGCCAUUAUUGCAGUAGCGUUUAUUUGCGAUGUGAUUCGAACAGAUACGAUACCUUAUUCUAUCCGCUCCUGUGUUUCCUUUCUCUUGUUUGUGGGGAUGCGAAUGGAAAAUGAGGUUGCUGUUUGUUGCCCUAUCGGUAGAUGUCGUCCGCGCCAAAGGCUUGCUCAGCGGCACGGACGGCAUACUCGAACAUGAGUUUGUCGGAGUCGUGCUGGACACCCUCCUGGGGGGCGUCGUCGAACUUUUUCGACCGCGCCAGUAUCUCGUCCUCCUCUUCCCGCGAUGGCACGUGGAUCUUGCCCAGGUCCCCGCCGACGCUGCCCAGCGCCCGGAUCUGAAAGGUGCACGCCCGCGUCAGAAAGAACAUCCCCGCAAAGGCCUGGUGCAGCGUGGGGGACGCCACCAGCGGGCCGUGGUUCUCCAGCAUCAGGAUCUGGUUGGUCGGUCCCAGGCUUUCUACCAGCCGCUCCCGCUCGUCGAUGGAAUUCGCCGUGCCCUCGAAGGGGUGGUAGGACAGGCCGCGCUUGGCCGCCAGAGCCGAUUCCUGGCUGAUGGGCAGCAGGCCGAACCUCGUUUGACACACGGCCGUCGUAUCCAGGGGGUGUACGUGCCACACGGCGUGGGUGUCCGGCCGGCCCCCGUGGACCGCCGAGUGGAUCACAAAGCCCGGCUUGAAGACCCUCCCGCUAGUCCCGUAGCCGUCCACCACGUCCCCGUCCAGGUUGACCUUGAGGAUCGACGAGGCCCUCAUUUCGUCGAAGCCCGUACCAAAUUCGUUGAUGAAAAAGUGCGGGCCAUCCAGGAUAUCGUCCGAGUUGUGAACCUUGAGCGUGAUGUGGUUGAAAAUGUUCUCGUGCCAGCCCUGCAUGAAGGAUACCCGGUAACAAGCCGCCAGCUGGCAGCGCUGCUGCCACUCGAUUUCUUCCUGGGAAAUGCCGCCAGCCGCAUCGCAUUCUUCUGCCGCGUGCUGCGGAACCGACGAGAAUUGCCUAGCUCGUUUUGGAACAACAGGACGCCGGAUUUGCGUGUAGUACGUGCAAUGCUGUCGUCCUAUGGGGGUUGGACGAAACCCCCGCAAGUGGCGAAUGGAUGUUCUGAGAGCGUUCAUGUUUACGACGACGACGAUGCAAUAUCCGAUUUUUAUCGAGUGCCCUGGUAAGUAUGCAGCGUAUGGUACGGUACAAGAUCCUUCACAAAGAAGAUGCUCGUGAGAUGGCGCAACUGCAGCACUCUGGCACUAGACGAGGUUGGAUUGUUGAAUAGUCAAGGGAAAAUAAAAUACAAGAUACCAU